AUGAACCGGCUCCCCGCCGACGUGUCGCGGCACGUCGCGGACCUGCUCACGGCGCGGGAGGCGCUCGCCCUGCUGUUCGCCGGCGGCCGGCGGGGCUGCAACCUCACGUCCGCGUUCCGCGAGGCCAACACGCUGCGGCGCGUCGCGCGCGUCCGCAACGAGACCGACGCCGCGCUCUUCUCGCGAUGGGACGCGCUGCCCGGGUCGCUCCACGAGUUCGUGCUCGCGGCGACGUCCCAGCCCGAGCGGCUCCUCGCGGGCGUCUUCCGGGGCGCGGCGCGCGCGGGCGUCGCGGCGCUGUCGCGCGUCGACGUCGCGCGGCUCCGGAUCCCCCGGCGCCGGUCGCGCGACGUCGACGAGCGCGCCAUGAUCCGGAGCCUGCGGCGCGAGUUCAGCCCGGAGACCGUGCAGAUGCUCGAGGAGAACGCCGUCGCCCUCGGCGACGACUCGUCCGUGAAGUCGCUGCUGCUGUCGCUCGGCAUCGACAACACGACCGACUCGUUCUUCGCGGGCGCGAUCGGCCAGCUCGCGUCCGCGCGCGCGGGCCGGGGCCGCGGCGCGCCCCAGGCGCGGGCGACGCGCGCCUGGAUCGCGCGCCACGCGCUGACGCGCAUGCCCGCGAGCCCGCAGACGCCCGAGAGCCACACGUCGAUCUACACGAAGGUCGCGGACCUCCUGCUCCAGCACUGGGUCUUCCCGCAGCUCGGCGCGCCGAGCAUCGGCGGCCGCGACAUCGCGCUGGUCUACGACCGCGUGCGCAUCGCCCCCUUGGCGGACCCCGCCCUCCCGGGCCGCGACAUCUGCGACGCGUGCCUCGGCCACGACGGCACGCAGCGUCGCGCGCUGCUGUGCUGCCGCGUCUGCGACUACGCGCUCUGCGGCGCGUGCUGCGGCCGGGCCCAGCAGGACACGCACGAGUGCGCGCCGCGGCUCAUCGACAUUGGGUACGGCCUGAGCAAGUCGCCGUCGGCCUACACGGAGCACGUCAAGCUCGUGCUCCGCGACUACUUCUCCGCCGGCGCGGUCAUCGACUCCGAGGACCGGCUCCGCGCCAACGAGGCGCUCCACGCGCGCAUCAAGGCCCAGGAGGCCUGGGUCGCGACGGCGGCGGCGGACCGCCUCCGCGCGCGCGCGCAGCUGGCCAGGGGGCCCGCGGCGCACGAGGCCUGGCUCGCGCGCGUCUACGGCGACGCGCCGGAGAUGGGGGAGUAG